AUGCGCGUCGCUCCUCUCUUUCUCACCGUCGGCCUGGCAGCUGCGCUAGAAAAUGGUCUUGCGCAAACGCCCCAGUUAGGAUGGAACACCUGGAACUCGUUUGCUUGCAGCAUGAAUGAGACUGUAAUCUUACAGGCUGCCGAGAAAAUUGUUUCGUUGGGCUUUCGAGAUCUCGGCUAUCAAUAUGUUGUCAUGGAUGACUGCUGGUCAGCAGGUCGCAAUUCCUCUGGCUAUCUGAUCCCGGAUCCAGAGAAGUUUCCAAAUGGCGUCGCAGAUGUAGCAAAAAAAGUUCAUGCUAUGGGUCUGAAGCUUGGUAUUUAUUCUAGUGCUGGUACGUUGACCUGUGCGAGGUACUCUGGUUCCUUGGGAUACGAGGAGAAAGAUGCAGCUCUGUGGGCCAGCUGGGGUAUUGAUUACCUCAAAUAUGAUAACUGCUACAAUCAAGGCGAAGAGGGAACCCCCAAACUGUCUUACGACCGUUAUAAUGCUAUGGGCAAAGCUCUGAAUGCCACCGGUCGGCCAAUCCUAUACUCCCUCUGCAACUGGGGUGUUGAUGGACCGUGGAACUUUGCACCUACGAUCGCGAACUCUUGGAGAACAAGCGGCGAUCUUAUCAAUGUCUGGGAUCGGGAGAAUGUCAACUGUCCUUGCUCUGAACUAUUAGGUCUAGAUUGCAAAACCCCUGGUUAUCAGUGCUCGGUCAUGAAUGUGCUUAACAAGGCUUCUUAUUACCCAUCGAAGUCGUUCGCAGGUGCAUGGAACGAUCUAGAUAUGCUCGAGGUCGGAAACGGCGGACUAACAGACGACGAAGCUAUCGCCCAUUUCAGUCUAUGGGCAGCUCUCAAGUCGCCCCUCCUCAUGACAAACGUAAUGACAAGCAUCGACGCACAAACCCUUUCAAUCUUACAAAACACUGCUGUCCUGGCAGUCUCCCAAGACCCUGAAUCAUCGUCCGCUGUACGUAUCUGGCGCCACUACGUUGAUGGCGGCGAGAUCCAGCUUUUUAGCGGCUCAUUGAGUGGUGGCGAUCAGCUAGUAUUGCUCCUGAACAGCUCACCGAAAGCGAGAGAGAUGAAUGCAACCCUCGCUGAUAUUUUCUGGUCCGAUGGACCUGGUGGUACCGCGUCUGAGAUUCAGAGUAGCUGGCAUGUGUAUGAUCUCUGGGCUAACCGGAUGAGCAACGCAACAGCAAAUUCGAUUAUCGAUGGCGCUAGCAAUAUGACGAGGCCCAUCAACAUGACUGCGCUUGGUGGUUCUGAGAGCGUCUAUAAGAAGGUGCCGCUGCCAGCAUCUAAAGCGCUCAUGGGCUCUAAGGUUGGCACCGCUAAGGCCAAUGGCAGGGUAACCGCUCGUGUGCAGCCGCAUGGUGUUGCUUUACUACGUUUGAGGGAGGUCAGUACGAAAGAUGAGCUGUGA